AAAGGGGACACUAAAAUUCACCUUCAUUAAUGACAGGUACAUGGAAAUGUAAAGAUAACCUGAAAAUGGCACAGCAAUGCCCCUUUGACUUCUAAAUCUAAUCCUGUGAGGAUGAAUUUGAGGAGUAGCAUAAAGAAAUAAACACAAUUUGAAUGAGAGAACUAUGACAGAGAAAAACAUAUCUGGAAAAAAAAGUUAUGGUGUUGGGGGGAGAAAUAUUAGAUCGUGGUGCUCUGGGGGGAAAAGCUGAAGGUAGAGACCAACAAUGUCUUGUGGCAGAAAAUCCCUUCUGCCGGCUCAGCGAGAACAGUGAUAAAUAUUUGCCCCAAUGAGGGCAGAAGGUUGCUCUUCCUGGAGACACCUUCGAGGUUCAAUUCCAUCACAUACAGAGCAUCAUUAGAAGUACUGUUAAAAAACCCACCAAAGUAUACAAAACGUCACCAGGUUCUCCAGGUGAGUUGCCCUGAGAUGUGGGUGAAUACAAACAGAAUGUGAAAAAUCCAGAGGCAUGGGAAAGCAGCAGCAAAGAAGUGGGAGUUGAAACGCUACAAGACUCGAGGCUGCGUAGAAAUCUGAGAGAAGUUGAACUUGAGGGGUGUGCAGUGACUGGUACUCCUGUAGCUGGCAGAUGCGCCUGAACUGGCUGCACAGCAACCUGCUGCUGCUGCCAGGCUCCCGGGAGCCCUGCUGCUCGAUGCCUGCGCAGGGGCUGGGGGCAAAGCAGCCCUGCAGGGCCCCGCACCGGGGCACCGGGCUGGGCUGCUGCCGGGGGCCCGCGGGAGAGCGGAACACAAACCCGGCGAUGGCGCUGCUGAAGCUGCCCACGUACACUCAGCGGCUGGGAAACCGCAGGGCCGGAGCGCGCCCGGGACAAGCAACAUCAGGAGAGCUCCGAUCCCACGCCCCGGCAGCAGCCGUGACCCUCCCGGGGGCGGCCCCUCGGCGGGCACAAAGCCGGGCUCGGCCGCUCUCCGGGGAGCAGUGUGCCGCUGUCCCGGUGCUGCUGCUCAUCCCUUCCUUCCGCCGGGUGCCGCCUUCGCAGCGCCCGCCCUCCAUCGCUGCCUGCCCGCUGCCGGCGGGCGCGGGGCCGGGGCAGCCGCGCCAUGGAGGAGGCGGCCGCUGCUGUCGGGGCACCGCCGCCCGCGACCGCUGCUGCUCCUGCUGCUGCUGCUGCUGCUGCUGGGGCCGAGCCAUCGUCCGGGGCCGCCGCCUCCCGUCCGCGCCGGCUGCUGGCGCUGCUCGGGGCCAAGCUCUGCACCUGGCGUAUUUUGAAAACUGUAAUUCUGGGCCAGGUGCUCUCCUUGUUUAUCUGUGGGACUGCUGUUACAAGCCAGUACCUGGCAGACAAAUACCAAGUGAAUACUCCAAUGUUGCAAAGUUUCAUCAACUAUUUUUUGCUGCUUCUAGUUUAUACAACAAUGCUGGUAUUUAGAACUGGCAAUGACAAUCUCUGGCAGAUUUUGAAACAGAGAUGGUGGAAGUAUAUUAUUUUGGGACUGGCUGAUGUUGAAGCCAAUUACACGAUUGUAAAAGCCUACCAAUAUACAACCCUCACAAGUGUGCAGCUCCUCGACUGUUUUGGGAUUCCCGUGCUGAUGGCUUUGUCCUGGUUCCUUCUCCGAGCAAGAUACAGGCUGAUACAUUUUGUUGCUGUUGCCAUCUGUUUGCUGGGUGUUGGAAUAAUGGUGGGUGCAGACAUUUUGUCAGGGAGGGAGGAAGGUGAAGGUAGUGACGUGGUGAUUGGAGAUGUCUUAGUGCUUCUUGCUGCUUCUUUGUAUGCCAUUUCUAAUGUGGGUGAGGAAUACAUUGUGAAAAAUCUGAGCAGAGUGGAGUUUCUAGGAAUGGUGGGCUUGUUUGGGACUAUUAUCAGCGGUCUACAGCUAGCCAUUGUGGAACAUAAGGAGAUAAUGAAAAUUCAGUGGAACUGGAAAAUUGCACUACUGUUCAUAGCCUUUGCCCUGUGCAUGUUUGGGCUGUACAACUUCAUGCCAGUUGUGAUUAAAGUUACCAGCGCAACCACCGUCAACCUGGGGGUUCUGACUUCAGAUCUCUACAGUCUCUUCCUUGGGCUUUACCUGUUUCAUUACAAGUUUUCAGGUCUUUACAUCGUGUCCUUUGCUAUCAUCAUGGUGGGCUUCACCUUGUACUGCUCCACUCCCACGCACACGGCAGAACCCGCGGCCCUGCCGCAGCCCAGCAGCUCCGGCCUGGACAACGCGGCGCUAAAACUGGAGGAGAACGACGGCGAAACCCCGGCCGUGGCUGUGCAGUUCUCCGGGGGAGAAACUGUGGUGGUCAGCACCAGUUAAAGAAAUGGCAGCACUUCAAAACGGAUUUAUUUUUUAAAUUGCCAUAUUUCCCUCAAAUAUUAAUCCAGAGAACUGUCCUACUGCCAAGGCACAUGUCAUACUGUGCUGGGUUUAAUGCACUUGAUAGACUUUUAAGGCCAGAUCCUGAAUCAGUGAAACGGUAUUGAUUUGCCCUUGCAGAAAAUCUGGCCUUUAGAUGAAGACAGAUUAGUGUUUAUGUGGAGUCUCUGGAAAGUGAGAGACUGUUAUUUUUAAGUACUUAAUUAACUUAAAAACAAAUGCUUGGGGAAAAAAACUAAGCCAAAGUAAGCUCUCAGGUCACUUAAUGGGGAGCAAAUAUGUUUUAUAUAACAUUAGGGACCUAAAUCUGCACGAUGCUGGCUGAGGGCUUCAUGAUUUCCACCCCUCGGUGCAGGGUGCCCUCAGGCAGCAUCUUGCAAAAGCUGCUCAGCUUCUCACAGGACCUGAUUCAGCAAGCCAUAGUACAUUCACACAGCUUUUAUGUGCCACUGGACUUCAUUCCUCUGCAGAAGGAUUUGGUGCCUACAUUCCACCCAAAUGUUCAUCUCUUCAUAUUGCUGCACUCCAUGUCACCACUGGAGUUGCAUUGUGUAUUUCAUUUCGAAUUUUGCUAGUAUGGGAAGUUUGAAAAUGUAUUUUUAUAAUUCCUCCUGUUUCUCUCUGUGGCCUUUUCUUUGAUGCAUUCCUAUUAGCUGUGGGGAGGAAAAGGCAGGUUCUUCUUCUCUUCAGUAGAGCUGAAAGUGGGGUUUUUUUCUAGAUUAGGUUUGAAUGGAGGUUCACUUCUCAGUGAGUUUCUCCCUGAAACGGGACACAUUUCUGCUGCAAGAGUUGUAAUAAAAUUGGCAUUUCUUCAGAAAAUUGAAUCAUUUAAGCCAACUCUCAUGGCAACAAUAAUGACAUAAUAUCCAAAAGGUUAGGUGCUUUCAGUAGAUAUACUGGCAGUUUUCAUAAUUGUCUUUAUAUUUACAGUAAAUGAUGAAAAAAUACAAGGCUGCAGUUUUAAGAUCAGUAAAACCAUACUGAGGUUUUAUUUUAUAUUUUGUACAAGCCUUCAGAGCUCAGGUGUAUGAAGUAAAAAAAGAAUAAAGUAUCCAGCAGCUGGACAGUUGGUCUUGGUUUGCUUAUUUUUUAAGCUGGGAUUUCUUUACUGCUCAAAAUUGUUUUCAUUAAUUCUGCCCACUAAAUA